CUGGGCGGGAGAGGAACGGGCGGAGGGAACGGUGCGGACCGGGGGGACAGCGGGGACAACGGGAACGGUACGGACCGGGGGGACAGCGGGGACAGAGGGAACGGGCCUGGGGAAGAUGACAACCCUCACACGGCAGGACCUGAACUUUGGGCAAGUUGUUGCAGAUGUUCUUUCAGAAUUCCUGGAAGUGGCUGUUCACCUCAUCUUGUACGUCAGAGAAGUUUACCCCAUUGGGAUCUUUCAGAAGAGGAAAAAAUACAAUGUACCUGUCCAGAUGUCCUGCCACCCAGAGCUGAACCAGUACAUCCAGGACACGCUGCACUGUGUAAAGCCACUGCUGGAGAAGAACGAUGUGGAAAAAGUCGUGGUUGUAAUCCUGGAUAAAGAGCACCACCCGGUGGAGAGAUUUGUCUUUGAGAUCACCCAGCCACCUCUGCUUUCCAUUAGUUCUGAGUCCCUGCUGUCCCACGUGGAGCAGUUACUCCGUGCCUUCAUCCUGAAAAUCAGCGUGUGCGACGCUGUGCUGGACAACAACCCCCCGGGUUGCACCUUCACAGUUCUGGUUCACACACGGGAGGCUGCCACACGGAACAUGGAAAAGAUCCAGGUGAUAAAGGACUUCCCGUGGAUCCUCGCUGACGAGCAGGACGUGCACAUGCACGACCCCCGGCUUAUCCCCCUGAAAACCAUGACAUCUGACAUCUUAAAGAUGCAGCUCUAUGUAGAGGAGCGAGCCCACAAAGGCACCUGAUUUCAACUUUUCCUUGCCUUCAAGCCUCAUGUGAUCUUCCAGCGGAGUAAGAUCUGUCACAAACCAUAGCUUGAGAACCAUCUCUUCAGCCAGCCUUCUGGUGAAUGUAGAGCAGCUGCUGCCUCUUUAUUUCAAGUGCUCUUACCACUGUAUAUAGAACUGACUUGGAAUGUGGAGCCAGAGCCUGUUCCCGUGUUGACUCGUGUGAGAGUGAGUACAGGUGUUGUUACAGUGCGUCCCUGGGGAGUCAGUGCUUUGUACCAAUCCAGUUCUCACCUGAUGGGGCAGCUCCCUUGCACAGGGGCAGGGAUGGACAGCAAGGAGCUGUUCCAUGAGAGUAAUGGACUUGUGCUAAGGGGGAGUGAGGCCUUAUGUAGUGUCUGUCCACUGUGACUGUCCCAAGUAGUCUUCAAUAAAUAUGAAGUUUUACCCCAGUUGAACUGGGCUGAGUCCUGUUCAAA